UAAUCUCUUUGGUAUCGAAACUUGUUUGUUUAGAUCUUUUUUCGUCUCUCGUCGGCUGACCGCGUGUUUUCGUUUGUGGGCAGUUUGCGAGUUUUUUGAAUUGAGUAGAAUUUGAUUUAAGUGCCACAAAGUUUUUAGGCACACAAUUCAAUAAUCAAGAAUAUUUGCAUUGCGAUCAUGACAGAGGAAGUGAAUCCUAAAGCAUACCCUUUGGCAGACCCCACACUGACUACCAAAAUUCUCAAUCUUGUCCAGCAAGCUUUGAACUACAAACAACUACGGAAAGGUGCAAAUGAAGCAACAAAAACUCUGAAUCGAGGUCUAGCAGAGUUUAUUGUAAUGGCUGCAGAUGCUGAACCCUUGGAAAUAUUGCUGCACCUACCACUUCUGUGUGAAGAUAAAAAUGUACCAUACGUCUUUGUGCGCUCUAAACAAGCGCUGGGGAGGGCGUGUGGUGUGUCGCGACAAGUCGUGGCCUGCUCAGUCACUAUCAACGAAGGUUCCCAGUUGAAACCUCAGAUACAAGCAGUGCAGCUGGAGAUAGAGAGGUUAUUGGUGUAGCUCAUCUGCUGUGCCACAGUUUGUGACAUCCUCAAUUUUUUUUAACACAAAAAUACAUAAAGUCAUUUAAACUGCUGUUUUCCCAAGAAACUGUAUUUUAAGUUAAAAAAAAAAUUAGUCUGUACUGUUAAGUCUUUUAUUGUAAUAAAAAUGCUGUCAAAAAACCAAAA